ACAGUAAGGCAGAGCCUGCACUCCAGCUUAGCCUUCAGUUCGGCACAGACGCCCGAGCCUCUCUCUCUCCUCUCCCGGGUUUUCAUUUGGACGUUUUGUUGGUGCAGCCAAACAAACAAAAAAAUAAGCAGCCAUGGACGCCAUCAAGAAGAAGAUGCAGAUGCUCAAGCUCGACAAGGAGAAUGCCUUGGACAGAGCUGAGCAGGCUGAGUCAGACAAGAAAGCAGCAGAGGACAGAAGCAAACAGUUAGACGACGAUAUAAGAGAGUUGGAAAAGAAAUUGCGUGUUACUGAGGACGAGCGAGAUAAAGUGUUUGAGGAGUUCCAAACUGCGGAGGAAAAGCUGCUGACGGCAGAGGAAGCCGCCACCAAGCUUGAGGACGACCUGGUAGCUCUGCAGAAGAAGCUCAAGGGAACUGAGGAUGAGUUGGACAAGUACUCCGAGGCUCUUAAGGAUGCCCAGGAGAAGCUUGAGCUGGCUGAGAAGAAAGCCACCGAUGCUGAGGGAGAUGUCGCUUCCCUUAACAGACGUAUCCAGCUGGUUGAGGAGGAGUUGGAUCGUGCUCAGGAGCGUCUGGCCACUGCCCUGACCAAGCUGGAGGAGGCUGAGAAGGCUGCUGAUGAGAGCGAGAGAGGCAUGAAGGUCAUUGAGAACAGGGCCAUGAAGGACGAGGAGAAGAUGGAGCUGCAGGAGAUCCAGCUGAAAGAGGCCAAGCACAUCGCUGAGGAGGCUGACCGCAAAUACGAGGAGGUUGCCCGUAAGCUGGUCAUCAUUGAGGGUGACCUGGAGCGCACAGAGGAGCGCGCUGAGCUGUCAGAAAGCAAAUGCUCUGAGCUUGAGGAAGAGUUGAAAACUGUGACCAACAACCUGAAGUCACUGGAGGCCCAGGCUGAGAAGUACUCACAGAAGGAGGACAAGUACGAGGAGGAGAUCAAGGUCCUCACCGACAAGCUGAAGGAGGCUGAGACUCGUGCUGAGUUCGCUGAGAGAUCAGUAGCCAAGCUUGAGAAGACCAUUGAUGACUUGGAAGAGAAACUGUCACACGCUAAAGAAGAGAACCUCGACAUGCACCAGAUGCUGGACCAGACUCUAAUGGAACUGAAUAAUUUGUGAACGCACAGUCUGACCCCACACGCACUGUGGUUUUGGCUUUUUGUUCUUGCACCUUGCUUACCGUAAACAAAAAAAAAAAAAAACCUGUUCUCGUACCUUGCCCACGGUGGAGAUCAAACAGCCAGAUGCUUUUUUUUCUAUCGCACCGUCCUGCCUUCAGCGGAACUUGACCAAGGAGCAAAGCUAAGGGGAAGUAAAGCUUAGCCAUUCCCUCAGAUGAAGCCGAAACCAAGAAACAAGAUUGUUUUCUCAAAGCCUAUUUUUAUUUUGAAAUGUUUUUGUUUUUUUUCCUUUUCCUUUUUUUGACAAGUCAUCCUGUGAAAUGUCAUGUGCCAUUGGUUAAAACAGAUUGUUUUUUUUUUACAUCUGCUUUGAAGCUGAUCUGGUACGUUCCAUUCCACCUCAAUUAUGCACAUACCAAAGGACAAAGUGGAGAAAUUUUGCACUUAGUUGAACCUCAACAUUAUGCACAAUUUGCAGUCUGUGAGACACAGAAAAGUGUAAGUAUACAUUGUCUGAGCCUGUCAGUAUGUAUACUGGUGCUACUGUACGGUCAAGCAAUGACAAGAAAUGCUAAUGCAGUAUAUUCUUAGUUUCCUUUUCAAACCACGGUUCAAAAUUUGUUCAUCUUGUCUUUUAAAGUCUGAUUUCAGUCAUCUGGUUGUGCAUUGUUUUAGCAUUGUAUUGAUAUAGAUGUUUCAAGUGUUUAUCAUAUCUGAAAUGUACAAAAUAUGAAUAUAAAUAAAAGCACGUUUUGAAAGUUUU